AUGUUGUUAUCAUUAUGGCGAGCACUUCGGUUCCAAAGCAUUAUCCUCUGCACCAUCUUUCUGAACAAUGCCCUAGGUGCAUCCAACUCCUCAAGUCAGCCUCCAAGUAACCUCCCUCCUGCUGUUCCCAGUGUCUUUUCUGUCGAAGCAAACAUACUCAUAGACGCACCGAUUGACGUUGUAUGGAAUGUUCUUCUUGAUUUUCCCAAGUAUCCGGACUGGAAUCCGUUCGUACGGUCUCAGAUUGUCACAGAUACCUUCUACAUCCCAACUCAAGAUCAACAAGUCGCAGAGAACCUUCGUCUCAUAAUCACCUCCCAAAUUCCUCCGCUCACUCCUCCUGUAACUGCGUCAAGUCAGGGAAAUAUUCUAAACGAGCACAUUACUAGAGAGAACAUUACUCAUUUUGAGCCAGACAUAUAUCGUGUGGCUUGGCAGGAUCUAUCGCUGGACCUCCUCAUUCAAGCGGAGCGAUGGAGUGCACUGAGUGUGUUUGUGGACCAGAAUGGAGAGGCGAUGACGUUCUACGAGAGCAGGGAAGAAUAUAAUGGAGUUUUGGCGGAAACCGUGCAGGAUCUGGAGGGUGUGGGACUGCUCGAGGGGUUUCAGGCCCAAGCCACUGCGCUCAAAGCAAGAGCGGAAGCUUGA